AUGACUGAGAAGACCACUGUAAACAAACCCCAUCUAUCUCCACAAGAUAGCUAUGCAAGUGUGUUUCCAGCGAUAGACGCGUUUCUUUUUGACACCAAAGCGUUUAUUGCAAACCAGGCCUUCAUUAGAGAGUGCAUCAAAACAAAAAACACCAGCCUGAAGUAUCAGGGAAAGUAUGCCUUUAUCCGUGUUUUCCACGCCCAGGAAAUAAUCUCGGCUGUUUUCUCGCUUUUUGCAGCGAUUUCGGCAGGCGCAUCCCUUUUGUAUGUGUGCAAAAAAAAGCCUAGCUUCUGCAAAACGUACUCGCGCGCUGUGAAGUUCGCGCUGGGGGUCCAUUGUGCGACUUGGGUGGGGAGUUUUGUUUUCCAUGUUCGAGACUGCUACUGCACGCAGUGCAUCGACUAUUUUGGGGCGAUUUCAAGCAUAUCGUCAAGCGUGUUUUUGUCUUGCGUGCGGCUCUCUCUCCUCCAGCGGAGCGCCAGAUAUGCCCUUCCUGUGCUGGUUGGCGCCCACAUAUACUACAUGCACUGGGUCAACUUCAACUUUGGGUAUAAUGCUGCGGUUUGCGGGGGUUUGUUUGCAGUAAAUUUGCUUCUGUGGUGUCUUUGGUAUGGGCGAGUGAGAUCGCAGGUGCACAGCAGGUUGCUCAGGCUGAGCAUAGUUGGAAUGUGCAUAAGCGCGCUGUUCCAGCUAAUCGACUUUGGGCCGGUGCACUUUUUGUUGGACUCGCAUGCAAUGUGGCACGUUUUAGGGUGGCUUUUCAGCACGUCUUUGUAUGUAUCCAUUCUUACAGAUACCUCGGCGCAAAGAACAAGCAAAACCAAGGGGUGUGCGUGCAAGGAGUGCCUCAGAAGGUAG